AUUGAAAUUAUAACUUGCAGAACCAGUCACAAAGCAACAGAAAUGCACAAUAAGAUGAACUGAAAUAUCAAAGAUAACUGAAUAAGCAAAGAAGUACUUGUGUUGUACAAGUUGAAACGUGAGCUUGAAAAAAGCAAGUGGGGAGCCACCAUGAGAAAGAGAUUUUUCAAGGUGGGAGCCAUUUGCAUCCAACUUUUUGCAACUAGUUAAAAGAGACAGGUUAGAGAGGGAAAAAGGGGCUUUGGCAGAAGGAGAGGAUAUGAAUUGGUGGUAAUCGUGGACUCUCUCAUUACCUUCUCUUUCGCUACAAACAAUAAGGAUGGAUAUAUACCUGAGCAGCUUUCCUAAACGUUGGUUUUGUGUGUGGCUCUCUUUUCCUUAUCUCUACCAACAAUCCUCUCCAUCUUAACUAUAUAUUUGUUGAGUGGAAUUAUCUCUUUAUUUCUUCGCCUUCAUUUGGUCUUUGGCAUACACGAAUUGUUCGCAGAAUAAUAGCAUGUCGAAUCACGAAAAUGGGCUUCCAAACGACAAGCCUUGGCCAGAACUUAAGUUACCUGAAUUGCUAAGUAGUGACAGUCUUAGAGCUCUUCAUGCAGCGAUUGAAAGUGAGUGGGAUUUCCUUCGGCGAUCAGCGUGCCAGACGGCAGCAGGAAGAGCAUUGUGGAAGCAGGUGAUCCAUGACCCGCUGGCUGAGUUAUUUGCAGGCGAGACAUACCUGAAAAGCGUUUACGAAAAGAUUAAGAAAGAUAGGCUUAACAAUGCCAGGGAAAUUUCUGGGGUGAUUCUCGCUGUUCGAACACUUUGGUUUGAUUCGAAACUUGAAGCGGCUCUGAGUUCCUCUGAUGGUGGAGGAGCACAGGUUGUUCUGCUGGGUGCAGGAAUGGAUGCAAGAUCAUAUCGUCUAAGCUGCUUGAAAGAAAGCACAGUUUUUGAGGUUGAUUUUCCUGACGUUUUGCAUGCAAAAGCAACUAUUGUAGAGGCAGCAGCAAAUUCCAGGAAUGAACAUCAUCAUCCAACCAUGGUGGCAAAAUCAUUGAUCAGAGUAGCAGCUGACCUGACAGAAGAUGACUGGAUCGAAAAGCUCCAAAUAUCAGGGUUUGAGCCAGAGAAGAGUACAGUUUGGAUUCUGGAGGGAAUCCUGUAUUAUCUCUCUCAUUCCCAUGCCAUAAAUGUGCUUAAAAUCAUUGCAGAGAAAUGCAAUAUUACCAACACAGUGCUCUUAGCAGACUUCAUGAACAGACAAGCAACCACAUUAUCCAGCUCCACCUUCCACUUCUAUUGUGAUUGGCCAGAUCAACUACUGCCGUCUCUAGGUUUUUCUGAUGUUAAGCUUUCACAGAUUGGUGAUCCAGAUGCUCAUUUUGGUUUAUUACAAGAUCCGCUAAAUUUGUUUAACAAGCUACGCAAGUUGCCCAGAUCAAUUCAAACUCACCCAGAUGAUGGGACACCAUGCGGUCGCUUGUAUUUGUUGCAGGCUUCUGGUUCACCCAAUCAAAGUAGUUCAUGAGGCCAAAUUGAGAGUUGUAUAUGCUAUACUUUCAAACUUUCACUUACAGUAUACACAUAGGCAUUAUUUCUUGUUA